AUGACACCAUUGGAGCAGUACCUGAAUAUUUUGGAGGUAUUGCGCAUUCACAGCAAAGAGCCCAAGCACUUCCACACCGCCGAACAUGUCCCAAUGAAGAACCGGGCGCCUAUGUUCGGUCUUACUACUGUUAAUGACAACUCUUGGCUCGUCGGAGACCGCGCCUUACUCUCUCGCCGUGACCAACCUUGGUCUACUCACACGCCUGGUCUUAUCAGCACCUGGACUGGAUCCGAUCGAGCCCAUUAUGCUAUAUUGGAGGCGCCCGUCCCACCACCCCCGUCUCGUCCGUGGAAGCCGGAAGACGAUCCGAUACUUGUUCAUAUCGCCGCAGGAGGCGGCACCGCUACUGAACCCGGUGCUGAUGAAAGCCCAGCUGAAACAACCAAGUGCGUCUACUCUAUCGGAGAUGUCUUCAUCAAAAUACACCACACAGUAUAUUGCGACUCGACCGACGAGGACGUAACUAUCACGGAGUUGCACAAGCUCCUUCCAAACCGGACAUUCGCACUCCCUGUAGUCCGCUACCAUGCCCGCUACGACGAUCGCUAUUUCCUUGUCACAUCCAGGGUGUUCGGCCAGACGGCAGAACGACUCUGGUGGGGGUUAGAUGAUAUGGUUAAGGAUCGCUAUGCAACGCUCAUUGCCAAAGCCUGUGUCGAGGUUAGUACACUCACCUCAAGCAAGCUAGGCAGCGGUAUCGACGGGACCACGGCGCCAAACGGGCGCUUCAGUGAGUCCCUCAGGCGCAAGGACAUGCCAAACAUUCUUGCAAACUGCAAGACGCUCAACCUCGACGUGGAGCCCCCUUUUCGCUUCUUCCAUGGAGAUCUGGGACCCGCAAACGUUCUUAUCGACACCCACAACGAAAGCAUUGGCAUCAUCGACUGGCAGGCUGCUGAAUACGUUCCCAGGGAAUGGAUUGGCAUCAGCUUUGCCCGCGCGCUGGCCAUGGUGCAAGACCCACCUAUCCCAGAUACAUACCAGCCGAAUGAUUAUGCCCAGCGUGUAUGGAAGGCGCUGCAACGGGAUGGGUUUUGUGACGAUGGGACCACUUGGCUGAGCUGGAAGAGGAUUGACCGGGACGGGAUGUCGGAUCUUUGA